GUAUCAGCUGAGGAGAAAAGUGAAGAAUGAAGUUUGAGACGUAAAAGUUACCCUGUGGUGGGGGUUGACGUCUUCAUUGCUUCGCCAGACAAAAUAUUUCCGUUUUGAAGACGGAUUGUCAACAACUAAAGGCGAUUAGGGUCUACAUUUUAGUCACUUCCUACAGUUGUUCAUUUUUGUUGCAGGUUUGAUCAGUUGUUUGGUCACUGGUCGUAGCCUAUAUAAGAACACUAGUUUCGUGUAAUUGACUUGAUAAUAUGUCGGUUUCCAGUGAGAAUUCGGUUAAAGAUAUAGAAACAAAGUCAGCACUGAAAGAAAAUGGAACUUCUCCCAGAUCCCAAAAUAAUGGGGAGAGUGUCAACAAUUCGCGAGCUGUUUGCCGGGUUUGCAAAAGGUUAUAUCGAGAACCUAAAAUUUUACCAUGCCUGCAUACGUUUUGCGCUGAUUGCAUUCGCCAACUGGAGCCGUUCUCCGUAACCACAAUCAAUGGCAAAGCGCUUUUACCCGAACAUGAGUUUAUUCGAGACCAUGUUCCCUUCACCGUCUUGUGUCCUGAGUGUGACUCCGAGGUGGACCUACCGACGUCCGGGGCAGAUGGACUGACCACAGACCACCUCGCUCUGGACGAGGUGUUCAUGGAGACUCUCUUGAACGAAAACUGCGUUGUGUGCGACCUCUGCAGCGAGGGAGACGCCGGGAAGCGCUGCGAGGUCUGCUGUGUCAACCUCUGCGAAUUCUGCAGUCAAGCCCAUAGGAGACAGAAGAGGACGUCGUCUCACUCCAUCCAGAGCCUGGAGGAGCUGAAGGCCCAGGGCCGUCUGUCUCGGCCCGUGCUGUGCGCCCUGCACCCAGGCCAGGAGCUACGACUCUUCUGUGAGCCAUGUGAUGCGCCCGUGUGCCUGGAGUGCGCCGCCACCUUCCACCGCGAACACCGCUGCAGCCCGGCGCGUGAGGUAGUGCACCGGCACGGCGACCGUCUCCGCGAGCUGAUGGCCGGCAGCCUGCGGCCACGCCUGGCCACGCUAGAGCAGUCGCUCCAGCGAGUGGAGCUCUCGCAGGAGGAGCUGGGGGUGCGCGCAGACGCACUGGCCGCCGAGGUGCGGGCUUUCGCCCGCGGCUACGCCUGCGCGGUGGAGGCGCAUUGCCGCGGGCUCUUGCGGCGGCUGGAGGAGCUGCGCCUGCAGCGCCGCAACCAGCUCCACCUGCAGGGGGCGCAGCUGAGGCAGGCCAUGACGGACGCACGCGGCGCCGCCGACUUCGCCGAGCGCCUGCUCACGUGCGGCACCGACACAGAGAUCCUCGCUGCCAAGGCCGUCACACUGCGCCGGCUCACGCAAGUCGUCGAGACUGGCUACAACCCCAGCCCCGCCACCGUCGCCCCUGACGAUGGGAGCAGCAUCUGCUUCGUGCCCUUUGAGGCCGCUGGGGAGGUGGACGGGUACCCGGUGGUGGGGGUCAUCCACGCCAAGGCGGUGGACCCCAGCAAAUGCACCAUACAGGGGGAAGGUGUGCAGCUGGGCCGGGAGGGUCAGAGGUCCGAGUUCACACUGGUCUGCCGCGACGCAUCCGGCGAACAGAUGGGCAAAGGAGGCGACGCUGUGCUGGUCAGCAUUGUGCACAAGGAGAAGAAGGACUGCACCGCGGAGGCGUCUAUCGUGGACAACAACAACGGCUCGUACUGCGUCUCCUACAUGCCUGCUGUGCCGGGACCCUACUCCGUGUGGGUGUGUGUGAAGGCGCAGCACGUGAAGGGCUCUCCUUUUGUGCUAACCGUGAAGAGAAAGUUCCGGCGCCACCGCGGCAUGUUUCACUGCUGCUCGUUCUGCUCCAGUGGGGGCGCUAAAGAGGCUAGGUGUGCCUGUCCGGGGACCAUGCCAGGAGGGUUCCAGGGCUGUGGCCAUGGUCAUAAGGGGCACCCUGGUAAGCCCCACUGGUCCUGCUGUGGCAGCCUGGUGGAGGCGUCCGAGUGCCUGGUGCGUGCAGUGGGCACGGUGCCCAGCUCCCAGCUCAGGACCGUGGAGCUCUGAAGAAUCUGCUCCACUCCCACCCCAACCCCUCUCCUUCUCUCCUCAAGCCCCCAUCCCCUUGAAGGAUUUGCUCCACAUCUUUAGUCUCUAUCUCUACGAUUCUACCUCCUUGUUUUUUAGAUCAACGUUCAUAGUGUUUCAUUACGUCUGAAACGCGCACACACACACACACACACACACACACACACACACACACUUACUGUAUAUCAGUUUCUUUCUCACAUCUGUGAGUCUCCGUGGUUACAAAGACACUACAAUGAAUUUCUUCUUGUGAAAGCCUUGCACAGUUUGAUUCAAUUUAGAUAUGCAGCAAAAGCUGAAAUGGCCCAGGAUCUUUUUUCGCUUUCUUCCAUGCAGUCGAAGCCUUCUGGGGCCACAUCAUUUUUUUUUGUAGGGAGGUUUGAUCUCCCCUUUUAAUUUAUUACCAUCUCUGUACCACUAGGGGUUUAAGCUCUGUUUCACCACGUUGAAGGAAAAAGGAAACACUGUUUUUUUUAGUCUGUGUAUCAUAGCAUAUUCUCAUAUCCCCUCUGGAGUGCUGAGACGUAGAUAAUGGGAAUCAUGCCAGGCAGGUCUCGGAAAGCUCAACAAAAGGAAUCCUCUCUUGCCGUAUAUAUAUUCUAUAGAUUUAGGCUAUGUGGAUAACAAGCCUCGUUCAGUUGAAGUGACUUUGACUUUGUGGAAAUGCCGUUGCCCGAGGCCUGCCUCGCACAUCAGGGGUGGCGAGUGCAACGAUCAGAAGAUGAAAUGGUGCUUGAUGAUGCUUAUUAUUCUGAGCACUGCCACUACCACCUCAGCCACCUUUACGUGUCUGUUGCUUAGCCAGCAUAUUCCUGAUUAGUGUCAUAAUGUGUUUUAUAGGGCUACUCUUUAUGGCACCGUUAUGUCUUAUCAAGGGAUUGUACUCUUUAUCUCUUAAUCACCAGCAAUUAUUGAAUAUUAUGAAGUCACUUUCGUUUGUCCUCUUGUUAUUUACACCAGUAAGCAUACAGAACUUUUAAAAUGAUACAUAAGUUAAUGUUAAUGUGAUCUUUGUGUUGUAUAAAUGUGUUCUUUUGCAUGUUUAGAAGUACCAAAGAACUGCCUCACGUCACCACAUCACGCCAACAGUGCCUUGUUUGAUUGGAUGUGUUUUUUUUUUUUUUUUUGUUCAGUUCAGUUCCUGGACCAUGUUCUCUUUAUAUGCCAUUACUUCACUAUAGCAAAGGCCAAGGUCAACGAGUUUCUAAAAUGUUCUAACAAGGACAUUUCUCAUUUGCUUGCUCCAUUGUCUGACAUGGCAGCUGCUUUUUAGAUGCUGGGCAACAAUAUAUGAAUGUCCUUUGUGCUACUAGGCCCAGGAGCUUAUUUGCUGUCCAGUGAUGGGAUUUGGAGAAGUGGAUAUUUAGAAAAAAGGAAUAACCUUUAUGGUUUGGAUUUGUUAGAAUUGUUUUAAUGUUGUUAUGCAACUUCAAAUAAAAACAACUUCUUUGGUUUCCAAUA